GGAUCAUUUUCAAAUGGAAUGCCUCUUGGAUUUUUCAUGCAGGAUAUUGAAAUGAUCAAAGAAUUAUUUUAUCAUUUUGUGUAUUCCGGUUGUAUAUUCAAAAAGAAACAUUUGGAUAUUAUUCAAUUAUAUAAUGAUGAAGAUAUUUUACAUCUAUUUUUUGAUCAUUUUAUCAUCAGAACAACAGAAUCACAAAAAGA